AUUAUGAGACUAUAAUCACAGGAUUCAUAGUUUUUUUUAGUAUAUGCAUAUAGUAGUCCAAAUAAUAAUAUUAAUAGAGGGAGAAAACACCAGCACUACACACGAAAGCCCUGUGCAGAAACAGCGAGCGUGUCCCUUUAAGGAAAGCCAGGAAGAAAUGUGCAAGCUAUUUGUUUGGUGGAAGCCUUGGCUGGAACGGUGCCAUCAAUCUCUAGCAGAAUCGCAGACACAGGCAAAGCAUGAGCACAAACUUGCUGCUCUCUGAAGCCGCACAGAGCAGGGAGAGCAGCUCCAGCCAGACAUCUUAGAGCCGAGCACCGAGGCAACGGCUACCGGUGAUUCUGUGGAUUUAUCCUGCGAGGAAAGGGCACGGGAGCCGCUGCUGGAUCUGUACCGGGGCCGCUGCUACUUGCGAUCGCCAGAGCUUUACAUUCUCCUUACUGAGUGUCUGCAGGGCGUGCUGGGGACUGGGCUGAACAGAGCCAUUAUGGAUCCAGAGAUUAUCCUCCUUCACCUCCUCAAGCAUAUCCGUGUUUAUCUCAUCCUGCGGCCAAAGAAUUGAAUCCAACCAGAAAAGAGAAUCUCUUUCAGCUCAGUUGGAUUUGCUUUUCCGGCUUCCUGUGUACAGAAGAGUGCUGUGAGGAGACCAUGCGCUUUUGGGAAUUCCCUCAUACUUUCAUAACGGCAGCUUUGUAACUGGCACACAUUUUGUGCAGUGCUUGGAUGCAGUGUUGUGCUUUUGACAGCUGAAUGAGGGUCUUCAUUUUGUGGUGCACUUCUUUGUCUUUCAUUGGGUGGCUAAAACCGUGGAUUAUAUUUAACACUUUGUACACCCUGACUGAGCAAAAGAGGCUACGUGAUAUGACAUGUAUGCACUUUUUUUCCAGUUAACUUUAUUUUUACACCGUCAAAUGAACAACAUAUGUAUCAGCAACAUCAAGGUACUCAGUGAUGUGACCACAGGCUGAAUAUUCCCAUGAUCCUCUGCCAUUUCCCAUCAGUGCAUUUUAAGAAAGUGCAAGAGCACAUCUGGUUGCACUUAAAAGAUGUCUGGAUCUACUCAGCAAGCCACACAGAGCCGGAGGACAGGAGAGGCCCGCUACCCUCCCCAUGCUAUGGCUUAUCCAAUGCAGUUGUCUCGUGCGCACACGGAUGCCAACCUCUUGGAGUACCAGCACCACACCCGCGAUUACAGCUCCCACCUAGGCCACGGCUCUGUUCUUUUGACACAAAGAAGAAGACCCUCACUGCUAUCUGAAUUCCAGCCAGGAAAUGAAAGGUCUCAAGAGUUACAUGGAAGAAGAGACCAACAUUCCUACCUGCAUGACAUGAGCAAACAACAUGAUCUAGACUUGGCAGAGGCAAAGAGGCCUAGAUUGGAUAUUCUUCAUGACCCACUUAUGCGACACUCACUUAUAACGCAAAACCAGCAUGCAAUAGGGGAAGAAUUAAACAAGGAUCGCUGCAUGACUGGGAAGCUAGAGCCUGUAUCCCCCUCCAGUCCUCCUCUAGCUGAUGGAGAUCUGGAUCUUUUGCCUACCAGGCUUUCCAAGGAAGAGCUGAUCCAGAAUAUGGACAGAGUAGAUCGGGAAAUCAUCAUGGUAGAGCAACAGAUCACCAAGCUGAAGAAAAAGCAGCAACAGUUGGAGGAGGAAGCUGCCAAACCGCUUGAACCCGAGAAACCCAUUUCACCUCCUCCAGUUGAAUCGAAGCACCGCAGUUUGGUGCAGAUUAUCUACGAUGAAAACCGGAAAAAAGCACAGGCAGCCCACCGGAUACUGGAAGGUCUUGGUCCCCAUGUGGAACUGCCUUUAUACAACCAACCAUCGGAUACGAAGCAAUAUCACGAGAACAUUAAAAUAAACCAGACGAUGCGAAAGAAGCUAAUACUGUAUUUUAAGAGACGAAACCAUGCACGCAAGCAAUGGGAGCAGAAGCUGUGCCAGCGCUAUGACCAGCUAAUGGAAGCCUGGGAAAAGAAAGUGGAGCGGAUUGAGAACAACCCCCGAAGACGUGCUAAAGAGAGCAAAAUAAGAGAGUAUUAUGAAAAACAAUUUCCAGAGAUCCGCAAGCAAAGGGAACUUCAGGAACGUAUGCAAAGCAGGGUGGGACAGAGAGGAAACAGCCUGUCCCUUUCAGCAGCACGCAGUGAGCACGAAGUGUCAGAAAUUAUUGACGGUCUCUCAGAGCAGGAGAAUCUGGAGAGGCAGAUGCGCCAGCUGGCAGUCAUUCCUCCCAUGUUGUUUGAUGCGGAACAGCAGAGGAUCAAGUUCAUAAACAUGAAUGGUCUGAUGGACGAUCCCAUGAAAGUGUACAAGGAAAGGCAGGUUAUGAACAUGUGGAGUGAACAGGAGAAAGACACCUUUAGGGAGAAGUUUAUCCAGCAACCCAAGAACUUUGUGUUCAUUGCAUCAUUCUUGGAAAGAAAGACUGUGUCGGAUUGUGUGCUUUUCUACUACCUGACCAAAAAGAAUGAGAACUACAAAAGCCUCAUAAGAAGGAAUUACCGGCGCCGGGGAAAGAACCAGCAGAUGCCCCGCACUAACCAGGAAGAAAAAGAUGAAAAAGAGAAGGAGGUUGAUAAAGAAGAAUAUAAGCAAGACCUGGAUAAUGAAAAGGAUGAACCUGGAAAGGAGAAGAAUGACGACACAUCUGGUGAUGAGAAUGAUGACAAAGAAGCGGUGACUGCAAAAGGUCGCAAAACAGCGAACAGCCAGGGCCGCCGUAAGGGACGGAUCACAAGGUCUAUGGCAAAUGAGGCCAGCGAAGAAUCAACUGCACCCCAACAAAAUACAGACUUAGCUGCCAUGGAGAUGAAUGAAAGCUCACGGUGGACAGAAGAGGAGAUGGAAAUCGCUAAAAAAGGUCUCUUUGAAUAUGGACGUAACUGGUCUGCCAUCGCCAGGAUGGUGGGCUCCAAGACUGUGUCCCAGUGCAAGAACUUCUACUUCAAUUACAAGAAGAGGCAGAACCUAGAUGGCAUCUUACAGCAGCACAAACUGAAAAUGGAGAAGGAGCGGAACAACAGACGUAAGAAGAAAAAAGCAGUCCAAAUGGAGGAGGAGACCCCAUACCCUCCUGCUUUGGAGGAUGAAGAGAUGGAGGCAUCUGGCAUCAGUGGCAAUGAGGAGGAAAUGGCAGAUGAAGGAGAUGCUGCAGUUAAUAACAGUUCAGACACAGAGAGUGUCCCUUCACCGAGGCAGGAAGCCAAAGAGAGCAGAGAGAAUGAACCCAAGCCAACGGGAGCUUCUGGGGAUGAAGCCAACGCCGAGGUGGUCGUCAGUCCAGAAAACUCCACAGCCGAACAAUGUCAGGACACUACAGAGCAAACUUGUAAUGAAGAGGUGGCUGGGACGGAAGAAACUCGUAUCAUUAAAAAGGAGGAAGAGGAAGAAGGAAAAGCCUGCGAGGAGCUGAAUAAACAGGAGAUAAAUCCAGAGGAGCAGGAGGACAACAAAGAAAAUGUGGCUGAAAAGGUAGAAGAGAUGCAGAAAGAAAAAGCAGCAGCAGCAGCACCAGCAGAGGAUGCAGCCACUAAAAUGGAGAAGCACAGCAAGCACACAAGCAAGACAAAUGCUGACAGUGACUCUAGUGCCACCUGCAGUGCCGAUGAAGCAGACGAAGCUGACAAUAACAGGUUGCAAUCUCCCCGGCCCAGCCUGCUAAGCUCUGUCAGUGACACACGGGUGGACUCCUCGCCUCAGAAGCCACUGGACCUGAAACAGUUGAAGCAGAGAGCGGCUGCUAUUCCACCCAUUAUAUCGGAAGGCUUCUCUGAGUCAGCUGCUCAAAACGCUCCAGUGAAGCAACAGAUGAGUCAUGGGCUGGCCUUUUACCAAGACCAGAUCACAAAAGUUCCUGAUGAGGCCCUGGAUGGACUGGCACUCCCCAGGCUCCCUCAGCCUCUUGUGCCAGCUGAACAGGAGCAGCAGAUAAUCAGCAGCCCCAUACGGAGCAGUCCUGUGACUGUGGAAAAAGAUGAAAAACCCCCAUACUUGGGAUUACAGGUGGAAGCACCAAGGAUAAGUGCAAAGCCGACAUGCAUUGCCAUUUGGCCACCUGCUGCACCACAAAGUCAAGUGCCUGCCCGAGAAGUGAUAAAGCCCCCAUCUCCCUCCGAGUCCCUGUCCUUAUAUAACUCGCAAGGCCAUCCAGUGCCACUAAACCUGCAUGACGGCUCCCGAUCUGGGGUCCCUCGCAUUACCAGUAUAUCCAACCCCCCUCCUCUUAUCUCCAGCAAGCCCCCGGCGGCUAUAGAAAGACCCAUAGUAUCCAUUUCUCAGGGUGUUCCCAUCCCACUUCACGUUCCUUAUGGUUCAGAACAUGCAAAGGUCCCUGCUGGGUCAAUCACAAUGGGUUUACCGAUGAGCAUGGACCCUAAAAAACUGGUGCCAUUCCUGAAACAGGAGCAACUGUCACCUCGAAGCCAGCAAAGCCAGCCAGAGAACCUAGCAGUGCAGACUUCUCAGGAGACCUCCAUUUUUAGGGGGACAUCUCAAGGAGGAAGUCUCAGCAAGGGCAAUCCAGCCAGUAGGCCACCUUCGAAUUCACCAAUUAAUUACAGAGGAUCCAUUACUCAUGGUACUCCUGCUGAUGUACUUUACAAAGGAACCAUUACCAAAAUAAUGGGAGAAGACAGUCCAGGAGUCCGGGAGGGCCUGUCUAAAGGGCAUGUCAUAUAUGAAGGCAAGAAGGGACACGUUCUGUCCCUUGAUGGAAGCACAACUCAGAAUUCAAAGGAGGAUGGUCGGACAGCAGUUUCCUCCCAUGAGACCAGUAAUUCUAAACGCACUUAUGACAUGAUGGAGGGACGGGUGCCACGAGGUCUGCAAGUUCGUGAGCUUCCAGCUGGUCCCAUUGAGGGUCUUAUUGGAAGAGCAAUUCCAGGGGAUCGGCAUAGCCCCCACAGUAUGAAGGAACCACUGCAACACCUCCGAGGCUCCAUAACACAUGGUACCCCUCGUCCUUACACUGAGGUGCAUGAGGACUACCUCAGAAGGGAAGCCAAGCAGCUGAAACGAGAAAGCACUCCACCACGCGGUCUGCCUGAGGCCUACAAAGUGAGGUCACAUGAAGGUCUUUCAGGUCAAUUAAAGAUGAAGGCACAUGAAGCCAUGGUGGCAACAGUGAAGGAAGCAGGGAGAUCUGUCCAUGAGAUUCCCAGGGAAGAAAUGAGGCACACACCGGAAAUGCAGGUUACGCCCAGGGUUCAUAAGGAAGGUUCAAUCACACAGGGUACCCCUUUGAAAUACGACAGUGGUUCCUCAUCUUCAAGUGCCAAAAAACAUGAUGUGCGGUCAAUAAUCGGUAACUCGGGUAGGUCGUUCCACACAUUGCACCCCAUGGAGGUCUUGCAAGACCCAAGGACUAUGGAGAGAGUGUGUUAUGAGGAGGCACUACAAAACAGACCCAGCUCUGUUACUAACUCUGGUGGCUCCAUUGCAAGGGGGGCUCCUGUUAUUGUGCCAGAUCCAAGCAAGCCAAGACACAGUCCACACUCAUAUGAAGAGCACCAACUUGCCCAUGGGGCAGGGUUUAGCAGCCAUUUGAAUAGAGGAUCUCCAGUGACCACAAGGGAGUCUUCACAAAGGCAGCUUGAAGGGAGCAUUACAUCUGGAAAGCCUGUGCCUCAGGAAAGGAAGAGUACCCCUAAUCCGAGAGAUGUAGCAAACUCCAAGUCUCCUCACACCACUGUCCCAGAGCACCUCCACCAUCUAUCCUCCUAUGAGCACUUACUGCGUGGAGUCAGCCAGGCUGAGCUCUAUAGAGGUCAUAUACCUUUAGCAUUUGACCCCGCAGCCAUUUCCAGAGGGAUCCCAUUGGAGGCAGCUGCCUAUUACCUGCCCAGACAACUGCCACCUAAUCCCGCCUACCCUCACCUCUACCCACCGUACCUCAUCCGUGGUUACCCAGAUACUGCUGCCAUGGAGAAUCGCCAGACUAUCAUCAAUGACUACAUCACCUCACAGCACAUGCACCAUAAUACAGCUUCUGCCAUGGCACAGAGGGCAGACAUGUUGCGUGGCCUGCAGCAGAGGGAUUCUGCCCUGGCUCUCAACUAUUCAGCAGGUCCUCGAAGAAUUAUAGACCUCUCCCAAGUGCCACAUUUGCCCGUCUUCAUUCCCCAGUCUGCAAGUCCAUCUGCUGCCACAAUGGAUAGGAUAACAUACAUUUCUGGAGCACCGCAGAACUUUAGUAGCCGACACAGCAGUUCCCCACACUCCCCAGUAACCAGCUCACAUGUGACCAAACAGACCUCAUCAGCUCCUGAGCGCGAGAGAGAGCGUGAAAAGUCAGUGCUGUCUACUACUGUGGAGCAUGCUCCCAUAUGGAGACCUGGCACAGAACAGAGCAGUGGACGCUUGUCAGCUCCCAGUCACAGCCACCAACACUCCCCAGUGUCACCACGGACUCAUGAAACCGUGCAGCAGCGGCCCAGUGUUCUUCAUAAUACAAGCAUGAAAAACCUUAUGACCAGCAUGGAAAGCUCCACCCCAUCAGUACUGCGAACUUCAUCAAGCUCUUCACCCAUCCGAUCAUCAAUGCAGUUGACUGCAGGGUCUCAUCGCUCUGCUAGUGGAUGUGAUGGCUACCAGUCUGCUGAGCAUGUCAUGUUACAUAAGGAUAUAACUAGGACACGUGACUCCAAGUUAGAACGCCCUAGGACUGAGAACUUUUAUAACUCCAAGCUGUCUGCAGCAGCCAUAGAACAGACUUCUCCCAUUAAGGCUGUGGAGUCUCGGCCACUCACCACAAGUGGGGCCAGUUCAGCUCACCAGUAUAACAACGGACAGGGGAAAGGCCAACAGCAUCAGCCCCUGGACCAGUCUACAGUGACAGCCAGUGAGCAGCACAAUAGGGACAAGACCCCAAAUAAACCCUUUUCCAUGCAGGAACAGGAGCUCCGAUCACUCGGUAAGACCACCAUGACUGCGGCCAACUUCAUAGACGCCAUUAUCAUGCGUCAAAUUUCUUGCGAUAACGGGAAGCGAGAAAGAGGCUCGCUAAAUAUCGACGCCAAUAGUGAUGGAUUCCCUGUUGGCUACAGCCCUGACAGACUUGAUAGUGUCAGUCCCCGGAAUUCCCCCGGACUGUGCCAUGACAAGCGCAUCCUUGGGGCCAAACAGGACCUGGAAAGCUCAGGACUGGAUCAAGAGUCACGGCAAAAGCAAGGGCCCAUUAAACUUUCAUCAUUAGAAGGUCACAUGCGACAGAAAACCGAAGGCCAACAGUCUCCAUGCCAUUCUCAGCCUCCAUAUGGAAAAAGCCAACGGGUGGUCACCUUGGCACAGCACAUUAGCGAGGUGAUUACGCAGGAUUACACUCGGCACCAUCCACAGCAGCUGCACCCACAAAUGCCAGCAUCAAUGUAUUAUGCUGGAGCCAGUUGCCCUGUUUUGGAUCUAAGGCAGAACCCCAGCGACAGCAUGCUUCAGCACCAUGAAUUGGGCCAGGCUGCAAGAGUAUCGCCAGGGAGCAAUGGAGAGAAGAGAUCACCUGAUCAAAACAAAGCAUCUGCAUUGAGUGGAUCAGAAGAUGGUAUCGACCCCAUAUCUCCACCAGAGGGCAUGGGAGAGCCAGACUAUUCUAGCAGUACCACAUAUCCCACUUUAUAUAGAGAGGGAGAACAGACAGAACCAAGAAUGGGUUCGAAAUCCCCAGGGAACAACUCACAGCCCCCAGCGUUCUUCAGUAAGCUGACCGAGAGCAACUCUGCUAUGGUUAAGUCCAAGAAACAGGAGAUGAUUAAAAAGCUUAGUACAACCAACAGGAGUGAGCAAGAGUAUAGUGUGGGACAGCCGGGAACAGAGAUAUUUAACAUGCCAGCCAAUACAGGAGCAGGACCCAUCAGCAGCAGAAACCAAACUGUGCCAGAGACUUCCAACAGCAACAUGGGAUUGGAGGCCAUUAUAAGAAAGGCCCUAAUGGGUAAAUAUGACGAGCACUGGGACGACCGCUCGGCUCUUAAUGCCAAUGCUUUUAACCCUUUGAAUGCCAGCGCAAGUCUGACCUCUGCUAUACCCAUAACCACUGUCGAUGGACGGAAUGACGACAUGCGAUCCUUGCCAGGCAGUGGAAAAGCCAAGAUUCCCAGACCGAGCAGCAGGAAGGCCAAGUCUCCUGCACCAGGUCAGGCUUCUGGAGAGCGGCCUCCCUCUGCUUCAUCAGUACAUUCAGAGGGCGACUGCAACAGGAAGACUCCCCUCACUAACAGAGUGUGGGAAGAGAGACCAUCCUCAACAGGGUCAACACCAUUUCCAUACAAUCCACUAACAAUCAGGCUCCCUACAGGCCUCGUUGCUGCUCAGACCUCUUCAUCCAUUCCACAGAGUAACUCUGGCACCCCACAGAGGGCUCGGGAUGAAGAGCCCAAACCGCUGCUUUGCUCCCAGUAUGAAACUCUGUCAGACAGUGAGUGAAAGUGUAGUAGGACUAGCCAAUCCACGGAGGAACUCUGGUCCCUAUGGAAUCCCCACGGCCAAUCUGAUUGCUUAGAAAAGGAAACAGCCAAUGUGAUGUGACGACUGAAAGAACUGGGAUAUGUCUAUUUCAGUCUGAAAAGCCUUAAAACAACUCCCUGAUCUUCAUCAGAGGGUCAGUGUUUUUACAGUUUCUGGAACAAGACUGCUCAGGAAAGAGUAGCGAGUCCCAGACCUCGCAGAAGAUUGGAUAUUUCAGUUCUAUACUCAGGGGAUAUUUCCACCUGGUGCUUUGCUACAUUGCAUUGGUUUGUUAAACUAGCUGACUCGUGUGCGUGAUUUUGUAUGUCUGUGUACAAUGUAUAUGUAUGUACAUGUGUUCAUAUGCACUUAAAUAUAUUCACAUUCCAGACCUAGCAGUGCAGAGAAGCUGCAUGCACAGCCAUUGCAGAACUUUGCCCAGUUUGGUGGGGAGCCUUUCAAAGGCCAAUUGAUCUUAUCCAGUUCCCUGAAAAGCCAAUGAUAGCACUUGAUCUGUUUCCCUCAGCCCUUAAAAAUGUUCUGCUGAAGGAUGACUAGUGACAUGAAUAAAGAGACAACCUUUUGCGCAA